GCGCAGGAGGCGCGCGGGCGGCGCUGGGGCCAUGGAGCCUGGUGACGCGGCGCGCCUCGGCCCGGAGCGGGUGGUUCGGGCGCUGCCACCGCGGCUGCUGCUGCUGCCGCUGCUACCGCUGCUGCUGGGUCAGGGGCUGCGCGCGGCGGCCUCGGCCUCCUCCUCUGGGGCGGCGGCCUCGGACAGCAGCGCCAUGGAGGAGCUCGCCACGGAGAAGGAGGCGGAGGAGAGCCACCGGCAGGACAGCGUGAGCCUGCUCACCUUCAUCCUGCUGCUCACGCUCACCAUCCUCACCAUCUGGCUCUUCAAGCACCGCCGGGUGCGCUUCCUGCACGAGACCGGGCUGGCCAUGAUCUACGGGCUUAUCGUCGGGGUGAUCCUGAGGUACGGCACCACUGCCACCAGUGGUCAUGACAAGUCACUCAGCUGCACUCAGGAAGACAGGGCCUUCAGCACCUUAUUAGUGAAUGUCAGUGGGAAGUUCUUCGAAUACACCCUGAAAGGAGAAAUCAGCCCUGGCAAGGUCAACAGUGUAGAGCAGAAUGACAUGCUGAGGAAGGUAACAUUUGAUCCAGAGGUCUUUUUCAACAUUCUGCUGCCUCCAAUUAUUUUCCAUGCUGGAUACAGUUUAAAGAAGAGACACUUUUUCAGAAACCUUGGGUCUAUUCUGGCCUAUGCCUUCUUGGGGACUGCCGUUUCCUGCUUCAUUAUCGGAAAUCUCAUGUAUGGUGUGGUGAAGCUCAUGAAGAUUGUGGGGCAGCUCUCAGAUAAAUUUUACUACACGGAUUGUCUCUUUUUUGGAGCAGUUAUCUCUGCUACUGACCCAGUGACUGUGCUGGCGAUAUUUAAUGAAUUGCAUGCAGAUGUGGACCUUUACGCACUUCUGUUUGGAGAAAGUGUCCUAAAUGAUGCUGUUGCCAUUGUACUGUCCUCGUCUAUUGUUGCCUACCAGCCAGCGGGGCUGAACACUCACGCCUUUGAUGCUGCUGCCUUUUUUAAGUCAGUUGGCAUUUUUCUAGGUAUAUUUAGUGGCUCUUUUACCAUGGGAGCUGUGACUGGUGUUGUGACUGCUCUAGUGACCAAGUUUACCAAGCUGCACUGCUUCCCCCUGCUGGAGACGGCGCUCUUCUUCCUGAUGUCAUGGAGCACCUUCCUCUUGGCAGAAGCCUGUGGGUUUACCGGCGUUGUAGCUGUCCUUUUCUGUGGAAUCACACAAGCUCAUUACACCUACAACAAUCUGUCGGUGGAAUCAAGAAGUCGAACGAAGCAGCUCUUUGAGGUGUUACACUUCCUGGCAGAGAACUUCAUCUUCUCCUACAUGGGCCUAGCGCUGUUUACCUUCCAGAAGCACGUUUUCAGCCCCGUUUUCAUCAUUGGAGCUUUUGUUGCCAUCUUCCUGGGCAGAGCUGCACACAUCUACCCACUCUCCUUCUUCCUCAACUUGGGUAGAAGGCACAAGAUUGGCUGGAAUUUUCAACACAUGAUGAUGUUUUCAGGCCUCAGGGGAGCGAUGGCAUUUGCACUGGCCAUCCGAGACACGGCAUCCUACGCACGCCAGAUGAUGUUCACGACCACCCUCCUCAUUGUCUUCUUCACUGUCUGGAUCAUUGGUGGAGGCACAACACCCAUGUUGUCAUGGCUUAAUAUAAGAGUUGGCGUCGAGGAACCCUCCGAAGAGGACCAGAACGAACACCGCUGGCAGUACUUCAGAGUUGGUGUUGAUCCAGAUCAAGACCCACCACCCAACAAUGACAGCUUCCAAGUCUUACAAGGGGAUGGUCCAGAUAAUACCAGAGGAAACCGGACAAAGCAGGAGAGUGCAUGGCUAUUCAGGCUGUGGUACAGCUUUGACCACAAUUACUUGAAGCCCAUCCUCACACACAGUGGCCCCCCAUUAACCACCACUCUCCCAGCCUGGUGUGGCUUGCUCGCUCGAUGUCUGACCAGCCCCCAGGUGUACGACAACCAAGAGCCGCUGAGAGAGGAAGACUCUGAUUUCAUCCUGACCGAGGGUGACCUCACCUUGACCUACGGGGACAGCACAGUGACUGCGAACGGCUCCUCGGGCUCCCACACAGCCCCCACGAGCGUCGAGGUCGGUCGGAGGAUGAAGAGCAGUGCCGAGGAGGUGCUGGAACGAGACCUGGGAAUGGGAGACCAGAAGGUUUCCAGCCGGGGCACCCGCCUGGUGUUUCCCUUGGAGGAUAACGCGUGACUCCCCGCCCUGAGCCCUGAGUGACGGGGUAGGCCCACUGGCGGGGUGAGGAUGGCUGCAAGCUUGAGGUGGGGCCUUGACUGAAUGGAAUUAACACUUCUAUUUUAUUGGGGUCUGAAGAUAUCUUCACAUUUAAAAUUUAACCCAAGACGCAGCUGGUGGGGCUAAAGUGUCUCUAAAUCAAGACAAAUGCAGACCUAUUCCCACUUUUUUUUUACAUAGUAGUGUGCUGUUCAGAGUUAAACA